AUGUUCUUCGGCGGCUUUCCUGGGGGCGAUGGAUUCCCCGGCAUGGGGGGCAAGGGCGGAGGCCGGGGGAAGAAUGCGGACACGACGAAGUUCUACAAACUCCUUGAGGUGGACAAGGGUGCCUCAGAGGCCGACAUCAAGAAGGCAUACAGAAAGCUCGCGGUGAAGCAUCACCCUGACAAGGGCGGCGACCCCGAGAAGUUCAAGGAGAUCACCCGAGCCUACGAGGUUCUCAGUGAUUCCGACAAGCGUUCGAAGUACGAUCGUUUCGGUGAGGAGGGCCUGGACAACGACGGGCCUGGCGAUGCAGGAGACAUCUUCGAAGCCUUCUUCGGGGGAGGCGGCCGCCGGGGUGGAGGCGGACAGCGAAGGCGCCAGAAGACCAAGGAUGUGGUUCAGAACCUCAAGGUCACACUGGAGCAGAUGUAUGUCGGCGCCACCAAGAAGAUGGCCAUCACUCGCCAGGUCAUCGACAAGAAGAAGGGCGUCCAGGAGUGUCGGGAAUGCGACGGCCGCGGCGUGAAGGUCGAGGUCGUGCGCAUGGGGCCGAUGAUUCAGCAGAUGCAGUCGCAGUGCCACUCUUGCGGAGGUCAGGGCAAGAGCUUCCAGACGAAGCAGGAGAGGGAGGUGCUGGAGGUGCACGUGCAGAAGGGCUCGCCAGAUGGCCACAAGGUCACCUUCAGGGAAAUGGCAGACGAGCACCCGGAUGCGGAUGCUGGAGAUGUGAUCUUCGUGCUGAAGCAGCAGGAGCACGCCGACUUCAAGAGGAAAGGCGCCGACCUCUACGUCGAGCGCAAGAUCUCCUUGGUCGAGGCCCUCUGCGGCUUCCAGAUGGAGCUCACGCACCUGGAUGGUCGGAAGCUUCUCAUCAAGACCCAGCCAGGUGAGAUCGUGAAGCCCAUGUCCCAGGGCUUCGACCCUCUCGCCAAAGAGGAGAGCAAGACCGAGUGGGAGGUCAUCGAGGAUGCAGACUGCCCCUCCGUAGAGAACGUUGCGCAGGCGGACACAACGGACAUCGACACGCUGAAGAAGGCGUGCGAGACCCAGCUCAAGCGAAAGGGCAUCGAUGUGGGGUGCUUCGUCGUCGAUGGCCAGCGUGCCUACUUCAAGCAGUGCUCUCGCGAAGAGGCUCUAGCAGCCAAAAAGACUCGUCGUGGCAGCACGAUGUACGUCCUCCCUGAUCCAGACGCCAAGAAGUCCUUCCGCAUGAUGAAGGCUGUCAAGGAUGAGGGCAUGCCCACCUACAAGAAUCCGUUCGUCCACGGCAGUCUCUUCCUGAUCCUCACCAUUGAGUUUCCGGACAUGCUCUCUCCAGAGAACCAGACAGCUAUGGCAAAGCUGCUGCCACCGCCGCUGAACGUGCCGAAGUGGACGGAGGACGACAAGGAUGUCGAAAUUCACACUGUGACCGACAUCGACCCAGUUCAGUCCUUCAACUCAAACAAGGUCAACAUGCAAGCGGGCGGUGAGGCCUACGACGACGAUGAGGAGGAUGGUCCUCGUGGGGGUCCUGGUGGACCUGGUGUGCAGUGCCAUCAGCAGUGA